UCGCCAAUCACGUGUGAAAACAAAAACCAACGCAGUACGCUGUACCGAUAAUUUGAAUGCGAAUACGUCGUGCACCCUGCGAAGACUACGCGGAAAGUGGCUAUGUUCCUUCUUCACAACGUUUGAGUGACAUGCUCAAGCUGCGCGUAAAUAUCGCAAUGACAAUAAACAGACUCCGCAACGCUGUCUCUCAGUGCAAUACGUGCAAGUACUCCUCGAGCCGGACACACUAUGUCCUGAAGGAAUUACAACCGUGUACUUCGUCCAAAAAAGGAGAUAGAAAACCAUUUACUGGCGUUUUCCCGUGCAAGGGAACGAUACCUCCUGACAGUAACAAUCGAAGAUACCGCGUAUGCGAAGUAACUGAGACUCAGGUCCUGAACCUCGCAAGGGCUGGGAAUACCUCAGAGGCCAUUGCCAUGGCUACACAAUCAUUCGAAAAGGGUCAGACCUUAUCACCCAAAGCAGCUACUGUACUGAUCUCGAUAGUGGCACGUGCAGGGAGCACCGAAGGCGUUCUUCAGAUCAGCCAUCUCGUCAAAAUGACCGCACCAAAUUUCUGGUCCCAGCACAUUGGGUUUGAACAUUACCACGCCGAAGCUAUGUAUCGGUCUGGUGAUGUCGUAGGUUCAAUCACGAAGUUUGAUGCACUGUUUCGUGAGCACCACCAUCAACGAGACAAAAUCAGCAAUCUCUUAUCAUUCCUCGCAAUUUAUUUGACUGUAAAAAACCUGGACAAAGAAAUCGGGCUGUUGUCAGAACAUUGCAGUGCCCUCGCAAAAGAGGGACAUCACCAGCCACUGGUGAAUGUGUGGCGCAUCAUGUUCACCAGCGCAAACAGCCGCCACCACGUUGUGGCGUGGAAUCUCCUGCGAGGAGUGAGAGCAACUUCUCCGUUCGUGGAGAGGAAGAUUCGUGGGAUUGUUCGCAUUGCUAUCGACAGGGACGAUAUGGACAUUGUCCACCGCCUCCUCGAAGUGGUGUUGUACUUGGAGAUUGAAUCCUGUUACACGCAAGUGUUCAGCACGCUACUAGAAUUUUAUUGUGACCGGAAUGAUGUCAGAAACGCCCGUGCUACGUUUGAUCAUGCGCAGAGUCGAAAGAUUUCUCUGUACCCCGUAACGUUUUAUCGCUACACCUGUUUUCUAAGUUCACACGGACUGAGAAUUCCUCAAGAAAUACUGUCCGUCAAGUAUCCAAGCACCAGGAAACCGAGUGGGCCCAAGUUUAGGUUUUAAACUAAACGUUGACGUUAAUAAAUUAUAGUUUCACAAAUAGGA